AUGAGUGAUGUGUUCAAGAGUGAAACAAGGGGUGAGAAUCAUGGAAUCUUGCGUUACCCAAUGUUACCUGUUAAAACACUGUUACUUCUUGUCGUGUCGUGUUGCAUUUCGGAUUGGGCUUUCUGGAAUGAGUUAUCAGUUGGGUCUUCCAGUAGAAAUUCUGAACCCUUGCAACCUCCUGUAUCUGGACUUGAAUCUGCAUGCUGUAAAGAUGCAGAUCAACCCAGUCCAGUCUCAGUGCUAGAAUCUUCUUUUACAGAUGAUCUGUCAUCUUGUUCUGAUUGUUUUGAAAGUCUCAAUGUUGACAUACAAGGGCUUCGAAUGCAACUCCAGUUGCUGAAGCUAGAAUCUGAAGAAUUUGUGGAUGAACCUGUGCUAAUUCAAAGUGAUGAAGACGGUGGGGAGGCAUCUACUGGAAUUUCAGAAGACAAUGAAUUGCAUAAGACUGGAGAUAGUUGGGAGUCCUCCUACAUGAUUGAUGUCUUGUAUGAAUCUGGUAUCGAUAGAGCUCAGCCUGAUGCAUUUUUGGAAGUUUGGGAUUCUCAGGAAUGCCCUGUUAGUCUUUCAGUGUUUGAUGAACUUGAAAAGAGGUACUCUGAUUGGACUAAUUGUCCAAGGUCUGAAAGGAGAUUGCUUUUUGAUCGUAUAAAUUCGGGAAUUAUCAGUCUAAACGAGCAAUUCAUGGGGGUACAGCCAUGGGUAAGCCCUACUACAGCCACAAAUCUUUGUUCUAAAUUGAUUAAAAAUGGACUCCAAGACGGUCUAUACAGUAUGCUGGGGAGCCAAGGAAAAGUAAAGGAUACCGCACUGGGGAAGGUGCUGGUUAGCGAAAUGCAGUGGUUGAACUUAAGAGAUGACAUUAAUGGAAUAGGUAGGGAAGUUGAGAGCUUGCUGCUAGAUGAUCUAGUGACAGAGAUAGCCGUUACAUAGGCUGAUAGGCAUUUUGCACCUGAACAUAUUUGUUCUAGGAUGUUGCCUAACACGUAGUAAAAUGGCAAUUUCACAAGACAAAUAAAAGGAUCAAUAAGUUUUGCUUCAGACAAAAAUGAGCACGCAAAUCAUUCGAGAGAAGAUAGAGGAAAGCUUUGCUAUGGUGAGUUUCAAUGUUGCAUUUAAUACAGUUAAAUACUGUCUACAUUCAAACGUUCGGGGUAAAUAGGAGCGUAUUCUUGAGGUGGUUUUACCUCUCUGAACACUGCCAUAUAGAAACUUAAAAUGAAAAGAAUAAUGAUUUGUGCAUAAA